AUGGAAGGCGCGGACGAGCCCUCGCGUGCUCCAAAGCUCCUGUACACCUUCAAUACGCCAGAACACAUCGCGCAAUUCGCGACCGGCUGCGAUGCCGAUGUGGGCGGAAUGUCGACCGUCCACUUUGAGCUAGACGAGUCCACCGCGAAACCGGCGACUGAGCCGAAGGUGUCCUCUCCCCAUGGCGUAUUCGUCAACCGUCCGACGGGCAAAUUCUGGGGCGAAAUGAAGCUCGCGGUGAGGAGCGGGCUGGAGGGACAAAUUCGGGGCGGUUAUGCAGGGUUCCGGAGCCAGCCACGUCCGACGCUCUUCGGCGAGCUUACGGACGACGUCUCCAACCAUGAGUAUUUGGCACUGCGCGUACGCGCCCUCGGCCAUCCUCGUACAAGGAAUUCGUAUUUCGUGAACCUUCAGACAGACGGGCCCAUCACGACCGACCUGUGGCAGCAUCGCCUGUUCUUCAGGCGAGACGACGGCGACUGGGAGGACAUUUUCAUUCCUUUCAAAGAUUUCGUCUUGACGAAUGCUGGGGAGCUUGUGUCGCACCAAGUCCAGAUGUACCGCGAGCGCAUCCGCACUGUCGGCAUCUCCCUCCUGGGCGGCAAUAGCGGCGUCGAGGGACCAUAUGAACUGGGCAUCGACUCCGUGAGCGCUGUGAAUGUGGAGGAUGUGUCUGAUACGUCGGCUCUUGAGAAAGUACCUACAGAAGGGACACAGUGGCAGAGGUCGCCUGUGUUGUAG